AUGUAUUGGCCUACUGGGAACUACACCCUACUGGAGACAGUCGGAGGAUGUCCGGUUGACGUCAAAGAGGAGUGGAGAACAGGUUCCAGGUUCCACAUGGGGGACGGCCAGAAUUAUAUUUCACCACUAUUUAACCUGCAUGGCAAUUACACAAAGAAGUAUUUCGAGCAUACAUUUUGUUCGCACGUUGGAAUGAUCGACAAUACACUCAUUCCCCGAUACCAGACGUACUGGGACCCUGGACAUUAUUGUAUUAUGCGAUUACAUGGAAAAUGUCCAAACGGUUUUAAAGACGGGUAUAUCGAGAUGGAUGAUUUGAAUGGAUUUGAAGCGCUUAGCAACACCAAAGGAACUGUACCCGAUGGCGAAUACCACAGGAACACAGGAUUCUACUUUUGUUGCCGUUCUGACGGUGAUUUAGAUGUCCCCAUUGUAUUACCAAAGGAACUCCCUUUUUCUCUGUUUAUGGCGUCUAAAGCGGAUGACUGUCAGACUGUCAGAGGGAUGAGCUAUAAAAAAGAGUUUUUUGUGUUUGAUGACGAAAAUGUCGACGUCCAUAUGAAGAAGGAAGGCGCUAUACCUGAACUCAAGGACUGUGACAAUAAUACCAUGAUCUACUUCUGUUUCUACACUCCACUGGACUGCGGUUGCAAAGACAACGAUGGAAACUUUAUCAAGACUGGAAGCAAGUUAACAUCAGGCUGUGUGACAUACGAGUGUACAGAGACUCAGAAUAUAGAGCACCUGGAGGUUUUUGAAGGCGGUUGCAGUGUCGGGGAUGUUUGUAGGAAAGAAAACGAGACGUGGACAGAAACUCAGGGAGAAAAGUGUAAUCAGAAUAUAUGUCAGAGGGACUUGGAUGAAAGGGGACAGAUUAUAUUUGUUGUGAAAUCUGUCAAGAUAGGGUGCCAGGAUGGUGACGUAUGCCGCGAUAUUGGUUACACAAAGUCACGUGGUUGUUACGUCACAGAGUGUCGAUUGCAUCCUACUUCAUAUAUGCCAUACUUCUAUUUGAGAAGAGCAGGUUGCAGUGACGGGGCGGGAGGUUGUAUUGCCCUAGGAUCAACGUACACCAAGGACUGUAUUACGUACAAGUGUCGCAAGGAGACCACCAGGUGUGGCAACGAGUUUGUAAAGGGAGGAUGUAAGUAUUACGGGGAAUGUAAAGACCCCUUUAUGGCUUUCAAGGGACACGGCUGUAACCUGCUUCAAUGUGUGAUGGAGAGGAACGGCACAUCCAUCAGAUUAUAUGUACAGAAUUUGGUUUCAAUGUGCAGCUAUAACAAUCAGUGUUACAAAAUAGGCCAGACAGUUCGGAAGGGGUGCUUUGUACGUCGCUGUAUGGCUGGAACACAUGGAUACGCCUGUCACAUGGGGCUCGACACAGGAGGUUGUGCAAUGAGCGAUGGGACCUGUUUGAAUGUUGGCGAUACAUAUGAGGACAGGCGGCAGUGUGUUACGUAUUACUGUAAACAAGAACAACGAGGCUCAAGUGUCACUUUCUCUAAGAAGAUUCAAACAAUGGGUUGUUUAUUCCGUGGCACUUGUGUUCCCGAAGGAAGUUUUCACAAUAUCUCGUGUUCCGAGUAUGUCUGUAGUGUAAAGGUGGCCACUAAUGACAGAUAUACUGCACGAUUGGACCCAUACAAACGAGCAUGCAAGGAUUUCAAAGGGAACUGUAUAGCGAUGGGGGAGUCUAUAGAAGAGAGCUGUAAUACUUACACCUGUGACGAUAACAACUCCGCUCAUACUCCAGUACUCAGGUUUAUCUCUCAAAGAUGUAAAGAUAACACUGGCCUGUGUAGGUCAGUUGGUGCGGAAUGGCGUGACGACACUAGAUGUAUGACGUUGAAAUGUAACACCUACCCAUUUCCAAACGGUAAAUCCAGUCUCCAGAUUGCGCCAUCUAAAAUGGGAUGUAUGUACCAGGGUGUGUGUAGACAACCAGGCGAGGAAUGGUCAGGAGGAAGCUGUCUCACAAAGUCAUGUCUAGUUACUUCUUCAAACGGACGUUACUACAAAUCUGUUAGGACAAAAGCAGCAGGUUGUAAAGAUCCACGUGCAGGUACAUGCAGGAAGCCUGGGGAAGAAUGGGAGCACGUCUUUAGAAAUGGGUGUGCCAUGCUUGUGUGUAUCACAUGUGAUAAGGGAGGCUACAAACCAAGUGUGGCUCGAUAUUUAUGUAAAGACGUGAACGGAAGAUGUCGGCAAAUCGGUGAUAAGGGUUUUACAGUCAAGUACAGAAACAGAUAUUAUAAUGGAUGUGAAUGCAAAGCUAAUGGAAUACAUGCUAAAAUAUCUUGUGGCGGGAAGAAAUAAAAUAAGCAUGUUGACGUUA